AAGUCACUGUCCCUUUAAAAUCACUUUGAACAUCUUUGCAAGUUAAUCUUAAAGUUUUCUCUUAAAGUUACCUCUUAAAGGAGGUAAUCUUAGUUCCUUAUUUCCAAGUUGUGACGGGCUCGUUGUGGUCUGGCAUGCGUGUUGAAGUUUCCUGCAAGGGAGAAAUGGAGGCUGUGGUGAGAGGCACACAGGGCCAGCUCAUUCUUUGUCGCCGGCAGUCUUGGAGGUGCUUUCUCACUGUGCUGUUUAUUUGUCCCCUUGCAGAGAAUGCCACGGGUGACCUGGCCAUCAGCAGGAAUGCAGCAGAUUCCUCUGUCCCAAGUGCUCCCAGAAGGCAGGACUCUGAUGACCACUCCAGCGAUAUGUUCAACUAUGAAGAAUACUGCACUGCCAAGGCAGUCACUGGGCCUUGCCGUGCGGCCUUCCCACGCUGGUACUUUGACGUGGAGAGGAACUCCUGCGACAACUUCAUCUAUGGAGGGUGCCGGGGCAAUAAGAACAGCUACCUCUCUGAGGAGGCGUGCAUGCUCCGCUGCUUCCGCAAGCAGGUGGAUUCUUCCCUGCUGCUUGGCACAAAGGUAGUGGUUCUGGCGGGGCUGUUGGUGAUGGUGCUGAUCCUCUUUCUGGGAGCCUCCAUGGUCUACCUGAUCCGGGUGGCACGGAGGAAGCAGGAGUGGGCCCUGCGUACCAUCUGGAGCACCGGAGACGACGAGGAGCACCUGGUGAAGAACACAUACGUCCUGUGACUGCCCUGUCGCCAAGAGGACCAGGGAAGGGAGGGGACACUAUGUAUAUGCGUUUUUAAAAGAGCGAUUGACUUGGAUUUGUGUGAUCAUUAGGGCUGAGGUCUGUUUCUCUGGGAGGUAGGAAGCUCUUCCUGGUCUGCUGGGGGUGGGUUUGCUUUGGAAGUCCUCUAGGGAGGCUCCCCUCACGUGGCCUGUGGUCUGGCAGCAGCCACCAGUUGUUUCCUCACUGGUAGAUUUCUUUCCGCCAGGUAGAGUUUUCUUUGCUUAUGUUGAAUUCCAUGGCCCUUUUUCUUGUCACAAAAGUGAUGUUAUAAUCGUUUCUUUUGUUUGUCUGAUUUGUGGGUUUUUUAAAAGUAUAAACAGAAGUUUUUUAUUAGCAUUCUGAAAGUAAAAUGUACAAGUUGAAUAAAAAGGGGCCUUCCCCUUUAAAAUAAA